AUAAACACCUUUUUUAAAAAAAAACCUCUGUUUUCGAAUAAAAUCUGUGUCAGUGUGUGGCGAUCCAGUGUUUUAAUCUGAUAUUGCUGGAAAGUUGUCCUUUGAUUCCAUAAAACUGGGCGUGAAUCGAUUAAGCGAAAGUGAAAUUAAUCGUCUAGUUUGGAAGUCUGAAGAAUCUAUUCCCUGGAUUUAAAAGGAAACUUUCUAGUUUAAAAGGAUGGGAAUAUCACUUUUCUGUGUCGUCAUCGUACUUUUCACUUCAUUAAUAGGAGCUUUAGAAGUGGAGAUAUUUCCCUCACCACUGGAAGUUUUAGCAAAUGAGGAUGCUCUUUUAAAAUGUGAAUAUAAAGAACCAGAACCUGACCUCUCACAUGUAGCUGUUCGAUGGGCUUUAACAUCACAAACCAUCCAGAAAGAUGUGUAUGUAUUCAAUGGAGGAAAUCAUCAACCAAUCAGAAAUGGAGCAAAGAUUUUUGACAAUGAUUUACGGAAAGGAAAUGCUUCCCUUUACCUUCCAAAUGUGAAACUUUAUGAAGAAGGAACAUACACCUGCACUGUUUUUGUCACUCCCCAUAGAGAAGAAAAGAGUUCAAUGAUGCGAGUAUCAGUCCAACCAAAAGUCAGCAUGUCUAAACAAGAAAUCAAAACUGAAAAUGGUAUAGAGCACUUCUUGGAGUGUGAUGUUAAAGAAUUUUAUCCUAAACUGAUCAAUGUUAGUUGGUUCAAGUUAUCAAAUGGAAAAAUGGAAUAUGUUUCAACAAACCAUUCAACUAAGGAUAUCAUUAUGAACAGUGAUGGAACAUUCACUGUCUCCACUAAAGUGAGAACUGAACCAAUGUUGAAUGAACAAACUGACUACAGAUGUGUAGUGGAACAUAAAACCAUUUUCGACAAUUUUACACUGGAUGCUGACAGUGCUGCAGAUAAAAUACUGACUGUAUACCAAAUUAUUGGAGGCAUUGCUGGCUUCUGUGCACUAUGUAUAGGAGUUUGUGCAGGAAUUUGUAUCUGGUACAAAAAAUCGAAAGGACAACAAGAAGCAGAUGAAGCUAAACAUGAAUCUGAAAGGUCGUUACUUGCAAAAGUUCCAUGUAUAAUUAGUGAUAUCAAGACACCGUUUGAAAUCAGAGAUGGUGUGGAAAGCCGUCUGAAUUGGAAAGUUGCUGUAGUCAGCCCAGGAGUGGUGACUAUUGUUACAUCGAUCAAAAGGAAGCACGAAAAGGAUGAAAAGAAAUUAUUUCACUGGCAAUCUAAAGCGCCACAGUCAGGACCAAGGAGAGUAACUUUUCCCCUCAAAAGUCUAUCAGGCUCAUGUGAGAAAGAUGAUUCCUUCUGUGCAGAAGAGCCAGAAUUACACCGCAGUUCUGACGGGACGUUCUUCAUUCCCUGCACAAUUACAAUGCAUCCCAAUGUAUCCAAGGAUGAUGGUGCUGUGGUAACGAUCAAAGUUGAACAGGAUUCUAUAGAGGAAACCUUGACUAAAAGCACGGUACUAAAAGUCACAGCAGGUGAAGAAAGCCAGACAGAUCAGGGAGAGCAAGUCACUGAUCACCUCAACCAAGAACACUUGCAAAAUGAAAAUCAGCAGGAAGCUGAAGUUGGAAAUAGUCAAAAAGUUCUGCAUAUAAUUAGUGAUAUCAAGACACCGUUUGAAAUCAGAGAUGGUGUGGAAAGCCGUCUGAAUUGGAAAGUUGCUGUAGUCAGCCCAGGAGUGGUGACUAUUGUUACAUCGAUCAAAAGGAAGCACGAAAAGGAUGAAAAGAAAUUAUUUCACUGGCAAUCUGAAGCGCCACAGUCAGGACCAAGGAGAGUAACUUCUCCCCUCAAAAGUCUAUCAGGCUCAUGUGAGAAAGAUGAUUCCUUCUGUGCAGAAGAGCCAGAAUUACACCGCAGUUCUGACGGGACGUUCUUCAUUCCCUGCACAAUUACAAUGCAUCCCAAUGUAUCCAAGGAUGAUGGUGCUGUGGUAACGAUCAAAGUUGAACAGGAUUCCAUUGGCAAAGUCCUCACUAAACAAAUAGAACUAAAAGUCACAGCAGGUGAAGAAAGCCAGACAGAUCAGGGAGAGCAAGUCAAUGAUCAUCUCAACCAAGAACACUUGCAAAAUGAAAAUCAGCAGGAAGCUGAAGUUGGAAAUAGUCAAAAAGGUGAAGAAAGCCAGACAGAUCAGGGAGAGCAAGUCACUGAUCACCUCAACCAAGAACACUUGCAAAAUGAAAAUCAGCAGGAAGCUGAAGUUGGAAAUAGUCAAAAAGUUCUGCAUAUAAUUAGUGAUAUCAAGACACCGUUUGAAAUCAGAGAUGGUGUGGAAAGCCGUCUGAAUUGGAAAGUUGCUGUAGUCAGCCCAGGAGUGGUGACUAUUGUUACAUCGAUCAAAAGGAAGCACGAAAAGGAUGAAAAGAAAUUAUUUCACUGGCAAUCUGAAGCGCCACAGUCAGGACCAAGGAGAGUAACUUCUCCCCUCAAAAGUCUAUCAGGCUCAUGUGAGAAAGAUGAUUCCUUCUGUGCAGAAGAGCCAGAAUUACACCGCAGUUCUGACGGGACGUUCUUCAUUCCCUGCACAAUUACAAUGCAUCCCAAUGUAUCCAAGGAUGAUGGUGCUGUGGUAACGAUCAAAGUUGAACAGGAUUCCAUUGGCAAAGUCCUCACUAAACAAAUACAAGUAAAAGUCACAGCAGAAUCUCAAGAAAUCUGUAAAGACCAAGAAAGCCAUAUGCCUGAGACCAUGCAAGGCACUGAUCACCACAACCAAGACGAUUGUAACCAGGAAGCUGAAACUGGCAUUAAUCAAGAAGAUGAUGAAAACCAGCCAGAGGAGACAAUGGAAGUUCCUGAUCUCCUCAGUCAAGAAUGGUUGCAAGGUGAAAAUAAGCAGGAAGCUGAAGCUGGAAUUAAUCAAGCAGACAAUCCAAGUCAAUAGUGAACCAUCAAGUGUAAGGACACUUGCUGUGAUGUUUCGACCACAUUAAGAUGUUCUUCUACCAUAAGAUCAUGUUGAACUCAUGGGUGUGAAGAGAUCUCAAACAACACUAAAUGAGUCGUAUGAGCCUUCUGCUGUUAUUAAAGAAACUGUGAAUGGAUCAUCAUUGCCAGAUG